AUGCCCCCAGAAAUGCUCGACGCCGCCAAUACUAACGGCAACGGCAGUGUCGGGACCCCAGCCCAAGAGACCUCUGAUGUGUCACCCACCUUCCUUGACACCCAGCCAGGUCCAGAUCAUGACUGGAGAAUUACUUUGAAGGACAAGGUCAUCGCCAUCACCGGUGCCAACAGGGGCAUUGGUCUGGCCAUUGCAGAGGUCUGUUUAGCCAACGAGGCUGCCGCCGUCUUCAGCCUGGACGUAUUCGAACCUGGCGAGGAGUUCGCCGCCCUGCAGAAGGCCAACACGAAGCGCUUAAGCUACGUCCAUUGCGACGUCACAUCUGAGGAGAGCGUCAACUCCGCUAUCGAUUCUGUCAUCUCCGCACGAGGAGCUAUCCACGGCUUCAUCGCCAACGCCGGCAUGACAAAGCACCAGCCGGCGUUCGACUUCAGCCGCGCCCAGCUGGACCAACUGUUCAAUCUCAACGUGUUUGGCGCCUACUUCUGCGCUACUACUGUGGCCCGCCGGUUCAUCGAUCUGGGAAUCAAGGGUUCCAUAGUCUUCACGGCUUCCAUGACAUCCUAUCGCCCCAACCGCGCAGCGCCCUCGGCUCCCUAUGGAGCUACCAAGGGUGCCGUGCGGAAUAUGACCCAUACGCUGGCCAUGGAGUGGGCCAAGCAUGGCAUUCGCGUCAACUCAAUCUCGCCGGGCUUUAUAAAGACCGCUAUGACCUACUUUGUGGAUCAAGCACCGGACUGGGACCUCAAAAUGCAAUACUAUGGUGGCAUGCGAGAUUGGCCGACCCCAAGGAGCUCGGCGGGGCUUAUGUGUACCUGCUCUCUGAUGGUGCUUCAUACACGACCGGUAUCGAUAUUCCGAUUGCUGGUAUUGUAG